GGAAAUUUAGAUAGAAGUUGUAGUAGUGGUCAAACCCAAAAAGAAAAAGAAAGAAAUUGUAUAUGAUGUAUCAACUUUUGAAAUUGAGGGAAUCGAGCCUCCAGAGGUAGAAAAGAAGGACCUAAUGAUUGAGACAGUUGAGCCUAUAAAAGUGCUGCCCACAAAAGUGCUGCCCACAAAAGUGCUGCCCACAAAAGUGCUACCUAUAGAAAAGCCGAAUAAACCUAAAAGGUUUGGUUUAAAAAAUUGGGAAAAAGAAAAUGGAAAGGAAUUCAUACCUAGUAAAAGAGAAAAGCAGGUCAGAAAAAACUCUGAAAAAUUAAUUCAAGAAGCAUGGAGAAAUGACAAAUUCGCACAUUUAGAGCCUCAUAAGCAUGAAACGGUACAAUAUGAUUCGGAUAGAUUAAGAAAAAGGGGAAUAAAUUUUACCUCACCAAAAAACUUCAACGAAACAUUCUCUCCGGCUAAACCCCUAAGACUCACUUCAAGUAUUGAUGAUGAUGACGAAAUUUAACUUUACUCUAAAAUCCAAGUUCUAUUCUAAAAAUCCAUAAAUUGA